GAAUCCGAAUGCAUGGUUUCCGGCUUUCCAUAAACCAACAUAACCUUCCCUUCCCUUCUCAUUCAGAGCCACUCUCAUUGUUAAACUCCUUUUUAAGUCUUUUUGCUGUGAAUUUAGUGUAGAGAGUAAAAUUUGCUGAAGAUGUCAAGCAUAAUACUUUUCGAGGACAUUUUUGUGGUUGAUAAGCUUGACCCAGAUGGUAAAAAGUUUGAUAAAGUUACUCGAAUUGAAGCACGGAGCCAAAACUGUGACAUGUACAUGCACCUAGAUGUGAAUACAGAGAUAUACCCUAUGCAUGUUGGUGACAAAUUCACAAUGGCUUUAGCUCACACAUUGAAUUUGGAUGGAACUCCUGACACUGGCUAUUACACUCCGGGAAGGAAGUCUCUUGCUGAUAAGUACGAGUAUGUCAUGCAUGGGAAGCUAUACAAGAUAACAGAUGACGCUUCAGGCAAAGGACUUAAAGCGGAGCUCUAUGUUUCAUAUGGAGGGCUUCUAAUGCUGCUCAGGGGAGAAGCUUCUCAUGUCUCCCACUUUGAACUCGACCAGAGAAUAUUUCUUCUCAUGAGGAAGCUCUGAAACUUUAAUUGCAUCUAAUAUGCGAGCUUCUAGAUUGUUCUAUGGUAGUAUAAAGCGCAACUUUUGUCAGCCGAGACUGGUUUAAUCUGGAAUUUUAUGCAAACAAAUGCUCGAAGCAAUUUGACAGUCCCAAGUGCCUAUUGACUUGUAACUUCGCGGUAAUUUUAUUCGGGCUCUCGUUAUAAUUAUUCCAUACAAAAA